GAAAUCCAUUCGUGACUUUUUUCGGUCUUGCGUAAAACGGUCUCCCGAGGUGGGAAACCCCUAGAGUGCAAAAUCGUUGAAUUAGGACGUCCAGGAAAGUUUUGUCUUUUAACGUUAUAUUGCAGGCACGGAAAAAAAUUUACAUGUUCCUCAUCACCAAUUGAACAAUGAAGACUAUCCAAGAUUUUUUUGAGUGCUGUGCCAUUUUAUCCGUGGUAUAAAUGGCAGGUACAGGUGAAAUAAAUUUUUAGUAUUUAUUUUCUAUCGGUCGUUUAUUUUUGUUUGGCCAUGGAAGUUUCCGUAGAAGACACUGAUUUUUGUGCGGAGGAUAAUUUAGAGUCACCUCCGCUGAGCUUAGAAGUUGAAAAAACUUUAAAUAUGGAUUUCUUAACAAUUAACGGUCGUUUCACACCAAAGUCCGGUAGAUCUUCAGCGUGUUCCACUCGUAGCGUGAGCUUGUGCACAACACCUUUGCCGCUGGAAUUUAAUGACGAAGAACCAGACAUUUGUGUGAACGUUGAACGCAGAAAUUCACUUGGCUCCAACAGUUUCGCAUUUGGAACAAGUGGUAGAACAACUCCAGUCUUCACUUGGAACCCUUUGCCUACGACCAACAGCAUAGUAUAUGCCAAGAAAAAAGAUGAUAAAGUGCAAUUUUCUAGGAUUGAAGAUGAUUCUUCCGAUACUGACAGUUCAGCGGUGAGCGAAGAUGAAGGCAAAAAAAAGUCAUCGGAAUGUUAUCCAAACUGUGAUGUCAACGUAUGGUUGCGAUCAUGUGAACAAGAAAUAGUUAAUCCUAUUGAGGGCAUCGUAAAAGGCAACAUACCGGAAUGGUUGAAUGGAAGUCUUCUACGAAAUGGACCGGGAAGUUUGAAGGUCGGUGAAAUGACCUUUAAUCAUCUAUUCGACAGUUCGGCUCUACUUCACAGAUUUAAUAUCGAAGACGGCAAGGUAACAUAUCAAUGUAGAUUUUUAAAAUCGGAUGUGUACAAAAAAAAUACUGCAGCACAAAGAAUUGUAGUAACGGAGUUCGGAACACGGGCCGUACCUGAUCCUUGUCAAACCAUCUUCAAUAAGAUUGCCUCCAUAUUUCGGAAACCCGGUGAAAACAGCUCUGAUAAUGCCAUGAUAUCGAUCUAUCCUUUUGGUGAUGAAUAUUUUGCCUUCACGGAGAGCCCAAUAAUCCAUAAAAUCGAUCCAACUACAUUGAACACCGAAGCCAAAUUGAAUUUAUCGGACUACGUGGGCAUUGUUAAUCAUACGUCUCAUCCGCAUGUUAUGUCAGAUGGAACUGUUUACAACUUGGGCUGUUCGGUCACGAAAACUGGCCCUGUCUACACAAUCAUUUGCUUCCCGAAUGGAGAAAAUAUGUUUGAAAAUGCUCACAUUGUGGCAUCUGUUCCGGCCAGAUGGAAAUUUCAUCCAGGAUACAUGCAUACUUUUGGAAUUACUGAAAACUUUUUCAUAAUCGUAGAACAGCCGUUGAGCGUUUCUGUUCCUUCAAUGUUGAUGAGCCAAAUUAAAAACGAACCCAUGGCAGCAUCUCUCAAAUGGUUCGAAACUCAACAAACAUACAUUUAUUUGCUAGAUCGAGAUACUGGAGAGCUUCGGCAUACCUUCCAUGCAGAACCAUUUUUCUAUCUUCAUAUCAUAAAUCAAUACGAAAAGGAGGGCCAUGUGGUGCUUGACAUUUGUUGCUACAAGGAUCCAGGAAUGUUGAAUUGCAUGUACAUUGAAACAAUGAAAAAUAUGCAAACGAAUCCGGAUUAUGCCAAAAUGUUCAGAGGACGUCCAUUGAGAUUUGUGUUACCUCUGAGCUAUAAAAAUUCGAUGAAAAAUUCACCAUCAUCAUCUAGCUUGUUUGGAGUAACUAGAUCAUGGUCUGGAUUAAUGAAAAAACUAAGUGUCACCGAAAGUGAGGAUAAUGAUACUGAUGCAUCAGAAAAAAGUAGAGAUUUAACGCUAACUAAUUUAGUCACUUUAGAGGGCAUGAAGGCCACAGCGUAUACUUUGCCGAAUUCCACAAUAUUUUGCAAACCAGAAAUACUUUGUAACUUGGGCUGUGAAACUCCCAGAAUUUACUAUGAGAAACAUCUAGGAAGGGAGUAUCAAUACUUUUAUGCCAUUAGCUCAGACGUCGAUGCUGAAAAUCCCGGUACAUUGAUCAAAGUGGAUGUCUUGAACAAAACUAAACUCACAUGGUGCGAAGAGAACGUUUAUCCAAGUGAACCGAUUUUUGUCCCCAAUCCAUAUCCCAAAUCUGAAGAUGAUGGUGUGGUAUUGGCAGCCAUGGUUUGGGGUCGAGAGGAAGAGAAUCGAGUUGGAUUGAUUGUGCUGGAUGCGGUUACUUUUACUGAGCUAGGCCGAAGUGAAUUCACCACACCAGGACCUGUUCCAAAAUGUUUGCAUGGAUGGUUCCAAUCAACGAAAACGAAUGAAUAGUAGAAAUAACUAUUAUCGACUGAUGUUCGAUUAAUCUCUGUGUUUGGACAUUAUCAAUCAAUCGAUAAAUUUCCUUUGAAUCAGUUCAUUUGAUGUUUACCGAAAGGUUAUCAAUUAUGCACACGGAAUAUUGCAUUAUCACUUAACAAUUUGGGUUGAGGUUUUUUCCUUUGCAUUAAGUAGUUGACGUUAAUUCUUGCUGCAAAUAAAUGCUUUUUUGCUGAAGCAAAAUGUA